UCCGGACCAUACUAUUGGAUCCAGUUUGAUCCAUAGUUUUUAAAAGAUCUGGUCUAUUUUCCUAACACUAACCAAUUAUAUAAUUUAACUAUGACCUUUUUUUUCAUUACUGAAACUGGUCUCCUUAAAUUACCCAAGAAUCAUGAUAAGGCCCAAGAAGCCCAACAAAUAAGCCCAGUUCCACUAAAUUCCAAAAUUCAAACUAAUUUCAAAACACCACUCGUCAUUUCACUCGAUCUUUUACUAACCCAGCUUUUCACCUUGGCGCGCUAGCUCCCUCUUCAGUCUUCUCUACUCCGUCUGCAGAAAUGACGAAGAAGAAGAAGAAGCCAAGCCCAAGAGUGCCGGAAGUCCUCCGACGACUGUACGGGACAAGAGUGAAAACCCUAGCCACUUCUAUACUCUCCUUAAUUUCUCAUCCCACUGCUUCCUCGCCGCCGUCUUGCAGCUGCAUUGGUUCCCGCCCGUUCGGCUGCCUCCUUUGUACCGCCGGCGAAAGCGCCUUGCCGUUUCUUCUAAGACCCAAUGAUCCAUCUGAAUACCGGGAUCUGCUCAACUUCAGCUACGUCGUCUUCAGCGACAAUGCUCCUCCGUUACGCGACUUCCGUACGGACAGUCACUGGUCCCAGCAUAAGAUUGUUCAAAGGGUGAUUGAGGCUGUGUUGAAGCAGCAGAAGCGGGCGUCUGGUAAUGUAAUCUGUGUUGGAUAUGAUAAGUUCAAGCGUUCAAGUCCCAUUACCGAGCUUUUGACGGCUAAAGGAUGGAGUCUUCUUCUGGAACGGGUGGGAGAUGAUGUUAUGAUUUAUCUUCUGAAGUAUGCAUCGAUCUUUCUGCCACUUCCUUGCUCGAAAUACCAGCAGGUUGCUGGCUUUCCUACCAGCAACUUCGCUCUUCAAAUUUUGUCAAAGCAGAAGGUGGAGUCACAAUCACAGAGCAAACGUCCUUUGGCCAACAGUUUUGAACCCACAAAGAAGAGGGCAAGAUUCACCGACGAAAAUGUGAUGCAACACACUAGCCAUUGUGUUAAAAGAUGUGAUCAGAUGGAUGCUCCCAAGGCAGAGGUAAGUGGCCAAAAGAAUCAUUUGUACAAUGACCCUGAGGACUCCAAGCAUAACGUUUUGGGUAGCAGAAAGCGGUCAUGUAAGUGGCAGCGUCGCAGAAAUUUAAGGCGCCUUGCUGCUAAAGAAGAUGGCGAAGAGAACUCUUACAGCAUUAAGUGUAAUCGCGAAGUUGGGUUCUCUAAAACAUCUCAUACUGGAUGUACUAAUGUCAGUUCAGAUCAUUAUCAUGAAAAGGUCAUAUCCGCUCAUGCAGUUACUAAAGGAGCUGAGAUCAAUCGGCAACCCAUCUUCUAUUGUUAUGGUGGAGCUUCAUCAGUUCUUCCCCCGAAGCAUGUGUUGAAAUCCUUAAAGCCGAACCAUACUAGUUCUAGUUCUCUUCUACAGAGUAUUUUUGGCUUCUCUGAUGUAGCUGGAGGUGCACAAUCACUGACAUGCUCCAACUGUAAUGCUUCUUCCUCGAGUCGACCUAUGUGCCUGCAUCAUUCACUUGCUAAACUGCUGAAGAACCUAAUUUUUCGAACUCAACGAUGCAAUCACUUGAAGCUAUUAGAUAAACACUGUCCCGUUCCCUCUUCAUGUCAGGACAAAGAUCUGAAUGGAAAAGGACGUGACAGUUCCUCCAGUUCCAACUUGAAUUCCUAUAGUAAACCUCAAGCCGCCACUGAUACCCAGGUCAAAGGAAUGAAGUCUUAUUGCUCAAAACAUCAGGUGAUAUCAUUUAUAUGGGCUGUUAGUAGAAACAUAGUUCCUCCUGAUUUGCUUGGAACUCCAUCAAGCUGGAGGGUCUUAAGGAGAAAUAUUGCCAAGUUUAUUCGUCUAAGAAGAUAUGAAAAGUUCUAUUUGAAGCAAUGCAUGCAUGAACUGAAGACAUCAAGCUUCCCCAUCUUGUGCAACAAACACCAACUGCUAGAGAAAUGGAUUGUUUGGUUUUUCUCUAACAUAAUAGUUCCCUUGCUUCAAGCAAACUUCUACAUCACCGAGAGUGAGCCUGGGAAGCAAGAAGUUUUCUAUUAUAGGAAAUCAAGUUGGGAAACGUUGAAGAAUCAAACCAUGGCCUGCUUGGAAGACAAGAAUUAUCAAACUCUAAAUGUAGCUGAAGUUUCGGGUAUUCUAAAUAAUAGAUCAUUUGGUUUCUCAAAGCUCAGACUUGUUCCCAAAAAGAAUUCAAUGAGGGUGGUUGCAAAUCUCAAAGCAGCAUCAAGACUGUCUGCUUCAGAAUCUUCCUCGCAUGUUCAAUCUUCGUCAGUGUCAAGGAAAGUCCAUUCUCUCAGUGACGUGGAUGUAAGACACAAGUAUUUCAAGCCAGUGAACUGCGUACUUCGUGAUGCACAUGCUGUUCUUAGAGGCAUGCGGUCGAAAGAACCAGAGAAGUUUGGUUCGUCGGUGUUUGACUACAAUGACAUCUACAAGAAGUUGUGCCCAUUUAUCAUGAGUCUGAACAGGAAGCCAUCAGUCUCAUCAUUACCCAAUGUUUUCACAGUUGUUUCUGAUGUAUCAAAAGCUUUUGACUCUGUGAAUCAGGAUAAAUUGGUUAGCAUCUUAAAUGCUGUGCUGAGUGAAGAUGGGUAUCUUCUGAAACACGUCAACCAAGUUUUCUGCACUAAGAAAUCUUUGUGGGUGCAAGAAAAGGCCAGCCUAAUUGAGCCAGUUAAUGUCUUCGACAGUAAAAGAUGCGGCUCUACUGCAGUCAGUUCCAUAAGCAGUGUGCUUGUUAAUCAGGGAAUAGAAAGGCACUUGAGCAGAAGUGAGGUCAUGAAUGUACUCAAGGAACUUGUCAAGCGUAAUGUUUUGCGGAUGGGUAAAUGCUUUUACUUGCAAGGUAUGGGAAUACCUCAGGGAUCUAUUGUGUCUUCUCUGCUUUGCUCGCUAUACUAUGGGCACCUUGAGAGAAGAGUGAUUUUCCCAUACCUUGAGAAAGCGAGCAAACCCAUCAUUGAAGAUUCAUCGAGAAGACUUCAGUUACAAUAUUAUUGCGGAAAUGCAGAGACAAGCUAUGCGCUUUUGAGAUUUAUUGAUGACUUCCUCCUUAUAACAACCUCAAAGGAUCAGGCUUCUGAAUUUUUCGAGAAGUUGAAGAAGGGAUUUGGAGACUACAACUGCUACAUGAAUGCAGAGAAAUUCUGUCUCAAUUUUGAUCCUGGACAUGAAUCGCCGCCUCCAUCAAACAGGAUCUACGUCGCUGAAGAUGGAGCUUCAUUCGUUCGAUGGAGUGGAUUGCUUCUGAAUGCUUCCACUUUGGAAAUACAAGCAGACUACACAAGGUAUCUGAACAACCAUUUGAGGUCACGUCUUACCAUUGGCUGGGGCAAGAGACCGAGACUCCAUAUGGAGAAAAAGUUGCAGGCUUUCAUGAUACCCAAGUGUCAUCCCUUGUUUUUUGAUUCAAACAUCAACACAGCACCAGUUGUGAGAUUGAACAUCUUCCAGGCCUUCCUGAUAUCUGCUAUGAUAUUCCAUUGUUACGUUUCUGAGAUGUCGUACAUCUGCAAAUUCCCUGCUGAAUCCCAUUUGAAGACGAUUCAGGGAACCUGGAGAUAUAUGCAUACACUGAUAAAGAGAAGGAUGCAGUCUUUAUCUUCUUCUUCUUCCGGUUCUUGUCCCAGUCCAGUGCUUCGGUUGCACGAGACAGAAGUACAUUGGCUUGCGAUGAAAGCUUACAUUGAAGUUCUAAAGAGGAAGCAGUCACGGCACAGAGUCUUGCUUUCCAUGUUGAGAUCAAAGUUGUCAGCUCAUCCAAUCAGCCAGAGUAAGAAUUUGCCACCUGAACUGAAAUAUGCUGUUGAUAGAUCGAAUUCCUCCUUGCUCUGGAAAAUCAAGUAUUGAACGCACAGAAGCGACUGUCUCCUAUACCUUAGCAUCCCCUUUAGUCUUCCUGUGACAAACCCUAUUAGCUGGAAAUUGACAGCUGAGGUGAUUCUGCACUGGCUUUCAUAUUUAACAGUCCUUGGCGGGAAAUUUUAUCUU